GACGCGGCCGCCGGGCUCCGGCUUCCCGGGUCCCGCCACGUCCGGGACGACCGCCAGCAUGAGCCGCCUCGGAGCCGCCGGCUCCCGGAGCCCGGACCGCUCCAGCGACCCCGCGCCUGAGGAAAUUUAUGGUCAUCCUUGGGAAGUCCCGGUCACUUGGGAGCAGUACAACCACUAUCGGAAUGUGGCUGAAAAUGUUCAGAGCGAACUUGCAGCCACUCUGGUCAAGUUUGAAUGUGCUCAGUCUGAGCUUCGAGACCUCCGCUCUAAGAUGCUUUCUAAAGAAGUUUGCUGUCAAGAACUGAAGGCUGAAAUGGAGAGCUACAAAGAAAACAAUGCCAGAAAGUCAUCUCUUGUCGCCUCAUUGAGAGACAGAGUUCAUGAGCUGGAGGAAGAUUUAGCAGCACUUUCCACUUCUAAAAGCAGGACAGAAAUCACAGCUCAAGCCGCAAUCAAGGAGAGCCAAAGACUAAUGAAGAAAGUCACAGAACUGGGUGAGCAAUUACAAAAGUGUUCAAAGGAAAAGGAAGAGACUGAGAAGGGAGCCUCAGAGAACAGCAGGAGACAGGAGGAAUUUCUGAGUCAGCUUUGUGAUUGCUUGGAGAUAGAGACACCGCCCGAGGAGGCACCGCGAGAAGAUUGCAUUUCAGAGGUUAGAAAGCUGUGCAAGGAAAACGCAUCUCUGAGAGGACGAGUGCUUACUCUUGAAGAGACAGCAAAUGCCCAUGAGAUGGAAGCAAAAGCUAACAGAGAGACAAUCACGAGGCUGGCAUCAGAAGCCAAGGAAGAGCAGAGAAAAGCUGCUUGCUGGAUGGAAGGCAAUGACAGGCUGAAGCAGGACUUGCUCAGUGCUGUGGCGGCCAAAGAGGCUCUUGGAGAGGAAGUAAAGGUCCUCCAAGAGCGGCUGCUUACUGGCCAGCGGGCCUGGGCUGCCUCAAAGCAGGAGCUGAGCCUCCUGAAGACAAGCACCCAGGAGCUGGAGCGGAGCCUGCAAGCCAGCCGGGAGGCCGCCGCGGCCUCGCAGAGCCAGAACGCCUCCUUUAGGCAGAAGAUCGCAGCCCUCCUGCCCUGCGCCUUGCAGAUGGCCGGGUCCACGGAGGAUGGCAUUUUGGAGCGGAUUCGAGAACUGGGCGACCAGGAGGAGGGCAGGAAGACGAUGGUCUCCCAGCUUGAAGCUCAAAUAGCUGAGCUUACUGAACAGUUGGGAAAGGAGUCUGAGUUUCACCAGGAAGCUCUGCAGAGGGCCCGCAUGGCAGAAAACAAGUUGGAGACGCUUCAGAGUCAGCUGACACACCUCGAGGGAGAGCUGGUUUUGGGAGAUGUUUUGCGAGACAACUUGAAUGUGGAGAAAGAAAAAUAUCUUAAAUUUCUGGACCAGCUUUCAGAGAAAAUGAAAUUGAGCCAGAUGGUUGCUGAACUUGGCUUCGGCAUGCGACUGGAGGUCGUCUUAGCUCGUGCAGAGCAGCUGGCUGGCCUCGAGAGCAACGCCAUCAUCGAGAACAAGACUAUCGCCCACAAUUUACAGAGGAAGCUGAAGACUCAGAAAGAAAGACUGGAGAGCAAGGAACUGCAUCUGAGCCUCCUCCGGCAGAAAAUAGCCCAGCUGGAGGGGGAGAGGCAUGCACAAAUGGCCUUGGCCAUGGAGAGAGACGAGGCCCAUCUCACCAUUAAGAAGUUGGAGAAGAAGGUGGAGAGGAUGCAGAAGGAGCUGAGCAUGAGUCGGGAGUCUAACACGGAGCUCAAGGCCAAACUAGCUGACACCAGUGAGCUUAAGAUUAAAACUUUGGAGCAGACCAAAACCAUUGAAGACUUAAAUAAAUCCAGAAACAAGCUAGAGAAGGUGAAGGAGAAAGUAGAGAAGCAGUUAACGUCUGUCAAGUCAGAACUGGAUUCUCUGGAACAUGAGGCCCGGGAGGAUAAGGAAAGAUCAAGAACCAUGAUAGAAGUGGUAACCAGUGAAGUGAAGACCCUCAAAAAAUCUUUGGAAGAAGCCAUGAAGAGAGAAAAGCAGCUGGUGGACUUCAGGGAGGUAAUUUCCCAUAUGCUGGGCUUGAACAUGACCACUCUUGCGCUUCCUGACUAUGAGAUCAUCACAUGUCUUGAAAGACUGAUCCAUUUACACCAGCAUCAUUUUGUGACCUGUGCCUGCCUCAGUGAUAUCGCAGUGGGGCAAGACAGGCACCCACAAGACCAGUUAAAACGUCUUCACUGAACACUGAUUUCCCCGGAGGAGAUGGAGUAACAGAUGGGACAUAUGUAGAGCUCUACAUCACAAAUUUCUUACAGAGUUGAAAUUUAAUCAGUGUACAAGUAUAUCCUUUGAUGACUUAGUAUGGCUGAAUCAAGGGAAGAAAAGGACCUCAUAGGUUCCAGCCCUGCACAAAUGUUCAGCACCAAAAGCACCUGUUGCUUCAUUUGCUAACACUUGGACACUAUGAAGAAUCCCUCCAGAUUGCACUUCCUGAGUGGGAAACUUGGGUGGAUCAUUAACAGUGAUGGCCUAUCUUCUUCUUCUUCUUCUUUUUUGAUUUGGAGCUUUAUAAGACAAAUUAUUUCUCAUAACCAUGGGCAGACUUCUAAAAAUUGUUUUUUGAUACGCGCUUUUAUUUGACACAUAGUAAUUAUACCUGUUUCUGGGUUACAUUGUGCCAUUUCAAUACAGGCAUGCAAUGUGUAAUCAUCAGAUGAAGGUAAAUGGGGGUGUUUUCAUGCAUUUAUUGUAUGCCCCCUCUGGGGC